GAUGUGCACUGCCAGCAGCGGGGCCGCGGGCGGGACGGGACGGGGCGGUGGCAGCGGGCGGCCAGAGUCGCGUCCGGGCUCCUUCCUCGGCGUGUGUGACUGAGGCGGGGCGCGGGGUGCCGAGGGCGGAGAAGGCGAGCUCGGCGGCGGGACCCCGGGAGCAGAGCCUCGCUCGGCGCCCGCAGCGGGCGGUCUCGGGCAGCGGCGGCCCCAGGUGGGGGAGCCGGGCGGCGAGGAGUCUCCGCGCCGCCGGCCCCGCGGGUCCCCCCGCACACCGGCAGCAUGAACAUCCUGCUGGAGUUCUUCGUGGUGACUUUCCGAGUGCUGUGGGCGUUUGUGCUGGCCGCGGCCAAGUGGCUGGUGCGGCCCAAGGAGAAGAGCGUGGCGGGGCAGGUGUGCCUGAUCACCGGGGCGGGCAGCGGCCUGGGCCGCCUCUUCGCCCUGGAGUUUGCCCGGCGCAGGGCACUGCUGGUGCUGUGGGACAUCAACACGCAGAGCAACGAGGAGACGGCGGGCAUGGUACGGCACAUCUACCGGGAGAUGGCCGAGGAGGCGGCCACCGCUGCCCCCAGAGCUGGUGAUGGAGAGAAAGAUGCGCUGCCCCAUUGCAACUUGCAGGUUUACACCUACACCUGUGAUGUGGGCAAAAGAGAGAAUGUCUACUCCAUAGCUGAGAGGGUCCGCAAGGAGGUUGGCGAGGUGUCUGUCCUGGUUAACAAUGCUGGUGUGGUCUCCGGGCACCAUCUUCUGGAGUGUCCUGAUGAACUUAUUGAGAGGACCAUGAUGGUCAACUGCCACGCACACUUCUGGGUAACUAUAAACUUCUUUCUGCUGCCCUUUUCGGCAGUUAAUUUUGGGAAAUGAACUGCUGUUGCUUAA